CCACUCUCUUCACUUUCAUACUAAGUUCGUCUCUCCAUCAACUGUGCCAAUUUAUUGUCCAACACCUCAUAUCUUUUCACUCCUUCAACUUUCCCCCCUUUUCCCUAUCAAUGGCGGAGCGAGGCGGAUUUGGACGAGGCUUCGGCGGCAGAGGUCGCGGUGGAGGUGACCGCGGCCGCGGAGGUCGCCGUCGCGCUGGUCGACGUGAUGAAGAGGAGAAGUGGGUUCCUGUCACUAAGCUAGGGCGCCUCGUAAAAGAAGGUAAGAUCCAGUCCUUGGAGCAGAUUUAUCUCCAUUCUCUCCCCAUAAAGGAGCACCAGAUCAUUGAUACCCUCAUUGGCCCUAGCCUAAAGGACGAGGUUAUGAAGAUUAUGCCAGUCCAGAAGCAGACCCGUGCCGGACAGAGAACUCGUUUCAAGGCUUUCGUCGUUGUCGGCGAUGGUAAUGGCCAUGUGGGUUUGGGAGUAAAGUGUAGUAAGGAAGUUGCCACAGCGAUUCGCGGUUCCAUUAUUUUGGCUAAGUUGUCUGUGAUCCCUGUGAGAAGAGGGUAUUGGGGUAACAAGAUUGGUAAGCCUCACACAGUGCCGUGUAAGGUUACUGGAAAGUGUGGAUCCGUCACUGUCCAGAUGGUUCCAGCGCCACGAGGUGCUGGGAUUGUGGCGGCUCGAGUUCCCAAGAAGGUCUUGCAGUUCGCUGGGAUCGAGGACGUGUUUACAUCUUCUAGGGGAUCGACUAAAACUCUCGGCAACUUUGUUAAGGCAACCUUCGACUGUCUGCUGAAAACUUACGGCUUCUUAACACCUGAAUUUUGGAGGGAAACACGUUUCACAAAAUCCCCAUUCCAGGAGCACACAGAUCUAUUGGCGAAGCCUACCGUGAAGGCAUUGUUGUUGGAAGAUCCUGAUAAGGUUUCUGCUUAAACUUACUCAAUUUCUUCUUUCAAUUCUGGGAGUAUAUCACUGGUUUACUUGAAUGAGAAAGGCUCCACACUCUUUGUUCCCCUGGUUGAGAUCUGUUACUUAGAAGGACAAUUUUUUCGUGUUAUGCUUUUUCUUUUUCACCAAAUUUGAAUUUUUACUGUAAUUUAUUUACCCUUUUUAGUUUCAUGCAUUUCAUUUUGUUGCCCAUAUUCAUUUUUGUAAUUGAUUAGAUUCGUAGACGUUCCUACGAAGAAACAAUGAUGGUACUUGAACUUGGCUUAUCGAGCAUGUUGAUCCAACCAAACAAGUUGGUAAUUCAACCUAAACCAUAUAGAUUGAAAUUGAUUAAUCCAUUUGUUUGGAUUAUUUAGGA